AUGAACCAAGACACCAAGCCGAACUUUUACUUUAGCAGCGAGUCGGCCGUGGCGCAAGGAGGCGCAGACUUCGUGGGGGAGAGAAACCCGAACUACACGGCGACACCCGCUGGGGAAUCGGAUGGGCAGACGAUUCCGGCCAAUACGACGGACCAUGGCGGGUACAAGGGCGUGCACCCCAUUGCGGCCUUCUUCCACGUCUGCUUCAAGUUAGCGGCGAUUCUGGUCUUCUUGUUAGGCGGCGUCUUCGGCCUCAAGUACGUGUUGAUCCUUGUCGUCACGAUCUUACUGCUCACCGCCGACUUCUGGACGACCAAGAACGUGACGGGCCGCAUCCUUGUCUCCAUGCGGUGGUGGAAUGAGGUACAAGAGGAUGGGACGACUCAGUGGAUAUUCGAGAGCAGCCCCGAGGCGGAUCAGCGUGUGAACGCGUACGACAACUGGUUCUUCUGGGUCACCACUGGCGCGAAUUGUAUGACCUGGGUGGUGCUCCUCUUCCUGAACUUCCUGUCCUUCAAGUACUUGCCUAUCACCCUCGCUGGCGUACUGCUCUCCGGCGCAAACUUCCUUGGCUACUUCAAGUGCCGCCGCGACGCACAGCAGAAGGUCACAUCCUUCAUGCUUUCCCAGGCGGCGGCGCGGCCACAGGCGGCCGGGCAUGUCGCGUCCUUUUUCAUGGGCGGCGGUGGCGGCACCAACACCAACACCGCCCACGGCGGCGGCAACGCGAACCAGUAG